CCGAUUCUCAUUUAAUAAUAAUUUCCCUUUUCUCCUCUAAACUCGCAACUUUCUCGUCGUCGCCUUUGCUCCUUUCAUUAAUUAAGGUUUCUCGCCUGACUCUGUCUCUCAAACCUCUGACAUAGAGAACGGGAGGACUCACUCACCAGUUUUGAUCAUCACUCCUUCAACCUGCUGUUUCCAAUUCUCUUAAAGUCUCUAUCUUCGAUUUUUUUCAAGUACAAAAGAGUCUUCCUGUUUUUCCACCAUCAAAUUCGGUCAUCACUAGUGUAAGUUAGCUAUUUCUCAACAAUUUUAUGAGUACGACGCCUCCUCUUCUCUAUGAACAGAUAGUUGGAUAUCACUGGUACUAAACUUAGGCAAAAGUGGAGGACUUUGUAUCAGGAAUUUAUAUCAGAGGUUGUUGGAGUUAUUGAUCUGGUGUGGUUGGGUGGUUGGAGCUGUCCAUCUGAUCAAAUGGGGAGUAAUGGGUUUGAUCAUCCAUUGAGGAUUUCAGAAGAGGAAUUACGCAGCAGGAGCCAGGAACUGAACAAGAGGUUUGAGCAGACUGGUAGUGUUGACAGUUCAGCAACGGUAGAUUCAGAUGAACAAUUUGAAGCAGGUCCUCUUCAAGAAACACAAAAGAAGGAGACAAAAUCAGGAAAUAAAGCAGGUGAUCUUAAGAGAACACAAAAACAAGAGACAAAUUCAGGGCAACAGCCAUCAGUUCAAGAUAUUUUUGGAUCGGAAGAGUUGAAUGCUACCUCUCCCUCUCGACGAGGCUUGGAUCACUGCAUCACUGCCCCUGUUGGCACUCAUAGACAUCCACUAAUUGAGGACCAUGAUGAUAUUCAAUUCUAUAGAUCCAUGACAGAGAAGAGGACUAUGAGGCAUGAGCUAAAAUUAGAUAAACUAUCUGAGCGUGAAAAGAAAAAACUUAUUAUUGAAUUGGUAAAGAUCCAAAAUGAUGGAACAGUGGAAGUUGAUCUAGCCAAAACUGCUCCUGUUGCUUCUGAACUGUUAGAGCUUCACUCAGUUGAAGGGGGGGCAUCUUUCUAUGUUGAUGAUAGCACUCGUGAAUCUUCCAAUAAAUUAAUUCCAAGGUUGAAAAUUGCAAUUCUUGUGGUCGGAACAAGAGGAGAUGUGCAGCCAUUUCUAGCUAUGGCUAAGAGACUUCAGGAAUUUGGUCAUCAUGUUAGGCUGGCAACUCAUGCUAACUUCAGAAGUUUUGUAAGGUCAGCUGGUGUAGAAUUUUAUCCCUUAGGCGGUGAUCCUCGGGUUUUGGCAGGAUAUAUGGCCAGAAAUAAAGGUCUCAUCCCAUCUGCUCCAGGAGAAAUAACCUUACAAAGGAAGCAGCUGAAAGCCAUUAUUGAGUCACUUCUUCCCGCAUGCUCAGAGCCAGAUAUUGAAACUGGUGCACCUUUUAGAGCCCAAGCAAUUAUUGCAAACCCACCUGCUUAUGGACACGUCCAUGUUGCUGAAGCUCUUGGUGUACCGAUUCACAUUUUCUUCACAAUGCCUUGGACGCCAACAUAUGAAUUUCCUCACCCUUUAGCACGUGUACCACAAAGUGCUGGUUAUUGGCUUUCAUACAUAGUUGUGGAUUUACUCAUAUGGUGGGGAAUAAGAGGAUAUAUAAAUGACUUUAGGAAAAGAAAGUUGAAGCUUUCGCCAAUUGCAUACUUCAGUAUGUACCAUGGAUCAUUAUCUCAUUUACCAACAGGUUAUUUGUGGAGUCCUCAUCUGGUGCCAAAGCCAAGUGAUUGGGGUCCUUUGGUUGAUGUUGUCGGUUAUUGUUUCUUAAACCUUGGGUCGAAGUACAAGCCUAAGGAAGAAUUCAAUGAAUGGAUUCAGAAAGGAACAAAGCCCAUAUAUAUUGGGUUUGGGAGCAUGCCUCUUGAAGAUCCCAAGAAAACUACGGACAUAAUAAUGGAAGCAUUAAAAGAUACUGGGCAAAGAGGAAUAAUUGACCGAGGUUGGGGAGAUCUAGGGAAUUUUACUGAGGUUCUUGAUACUGUCUUCCUUUUGGAGGAUUGCCCCCAUGAUUGGUUGUUUCCUCAAUGUGCUGCUGUGGUUCAUCAUGGUGGUGCUGGAACCACGGCCACAGGACUAAAAGCUGGGUGCCCAACGACUGUAGUGCCAUUCUUUGGAGAUCAGUUUUUCUGGGGUGAUAAAGUACAUAAACAAGGGCUGGGACCAGCACCAAUACCAAUAGCUGAGCUCAGUGUUGAGAACCUUUCAAAUGCAAUAAGGUUCAUGCUCCAGCCAGAGGUGAAAUCUCGAGCAAUAGAAUUAGCAAAGUUGAUAGAGAACGAAGAUGGUGUAGCAGCUGCAGUUGACGCAUUUCACCGGCAUUUACCUCCUGAACUUCCUCUGCCUACUGUUUAUUUAGAUGAAGACGAACAUCCUGACCCUCUGCAAUGGUUCUUUAUUCAACUCCAAAAGUGGUGCUGCCUUCCUUGUGGCGUGUAGGCUUCUUCGCUGUUUCUUUUACUGUUGUAUAGAUAUGAUUCACUCUCUUUCAUUUUUAUAUCACAGGUUAGAUUUGUCAUUUUUUUUUUCUAUCAAUUCAUUCAUUCCAUUGAUGGGUCUAUACACUAUUGUGUGGUGUUGAAUUAUAGUUUGAAGUCACAUGAGGGUUAGAUUUUCUUGC